UUCUCGCACCUUACUCACAACACUAAUUUUACGUACCGUAUCUCCGGCAGAACCAACGCAAAAUUUUUGGGAUAUUUUACCAGAGUGCAGACUUAUGAGGUUCUGUGGAUGAGGAUUAGAAUGAAGGAAGAUAAAGAAUUUCCAGAGGUAACCACCUCGGAGAUAUUGGAGGUAGGUGUGAUAGGGUUGGGUGUUGCCACGGUUACACUCACUGGACCCAUGUCGGCCUCCAAGCUCAGUAUAAUCAUAGUUUAUAUUGUAGCAUCAGUUACACAGUUCUUGAGGAGACCUGAACAUUUAGCUGCUCAAGAAGCCUGGAUUUUCAGGAAGAAUUCCAACAAUGGCAUUGUGGUUGGAUCCCUUCUCUUCAUGUUAGUAUCCCUUGGCCUUCAAGGCGACACCUGUCAAGGUUUCCAAUCAGUCCUGGACUGCUCCGUCAUCCAGCUCAUGUUUCUCAAUCUUCUAGUUCUAUUAGUAUGUUCUGUUCCUAACCUUGGUAAGCCAUGGAUCAUCAUGGGUCAGACAGUCUAUGCCCUAGGAGGAUUUAUGUUUGUUAGGAGUGGUCUGCAGGGCAUGCCUACAGCUGUCAUCAACAUUGUGGAUAUGUUUAUCUUUUAUCCAACUAUGACAUUGAUGUUCUUCAGUGCAUUGUUGAUGUUCUUGCCUGGUAGUCUCACAGCUGGGGAAGCUCUCUUUAUAACUCAGAUAUUAACGGCUCUGACAAGGGUACCAGUAGAACCAGCUUAUACAGAUACACCAGAUAGACACCUAUCUUAUAUUAGGAAGGUUUGUUUGACAUCUUGUAUACACAUAGCCAUUGUGGUGAUGUAUGUGGUGACAAAACUUAAUGAAAUCAAUUUAGCAUACUCUAAAGGCUACAUUGACAAAAGCACAGCAGAUAAGAAAAGAUGGAAAUGGAGCCUCUAUUUCUACCUUGGAGUAGCAGCUGAAAUCUUUCUCUUUGAGUUACCAAGGCUUUAUAUAAGGAUAGGGGAAAACCCUUUUCUCUGGCUUUUAGAUUUUAUUCUCACUGACAGAAAAAGAAUCAUUCUAAUCAACAUCUGGUUAAUUCUGAUAACUGUUGGCAUUGGAGUGGUGAUAUUCAAUCAAACCUCAUCAACUCAAGUUAGAAAGAUCUUUCAUAUUUUAGCUGUAGCAGUGUUUAUCCCUGGCCUCCAUCUUGAUCCGCAGUUAUUACUUCUAGCUGCCACUGGACUCACAUGUAUCUUCAUAUUGACUGAGUAUAUCAGGAUCUUCCGAGUGCAGCCAUAUGGUGAUCUGAUCCAUGAUGCACUGUCGGCAUUCACUAAUGAACAGGAUUCUGGGAUAGCUAUAUUAACACCAAUAUGUCUACUGAUUGGUUUUUAUCAACCAUUGCAUUAUUCGAAUGAUGCUUCACUGGCAGAGUUUGAAUCCAAGUUCUUUUUGUACAGUGGUGUAUUAUCAACAGGUAUUGGUGAUACAGCAGCAUCUGUCAUUGGAUCAAAAUAUGGGCGUGUGAGAUGGCCUGGUUCUAAAAAAACAAUAGAAGGGACAUUAGGUGCUGUGGUGUCUCAGCUGAUAGUAUGUGCAUUAUUAUCAAUCUUCCUUGGAGUUGAACCAUCAUUUAGUAGUGCUUGGAUACCCAUCACAUGGACCAUUAUUCUUACUUCUCUAUUAGAAGCAUUUACAACACAGAUUGAUAAUCUAGUUCUCCCAUCAUUUAUGAUGGCUAUAUUCAUGGCUUUAUCAUGAGAAACUUGUCCAGUCUUCAUUUUCUUUCUUUUAUACACCCAUCCUAUGGGACGUAUUAUGGUAUCAUGCCAAGUGCCUGUCUGUCUGUCUAUCCGUCUGUUGAC